AUGGCAACCAAUAUUACAUGGCACGAGGGUCUCUCUCGCGCUGAGCGCAACACAUACCGCAAACAGCGUGGAAUGACGAUAUGGUUCACCGGCUUGUCAGCAUCUGGUAAAUCGACCAUCGCGACCGCACUCGAACAGCAUCUACUGCACCUCGGUUUCGCCGCAUACCGGCUCGACGGCGACAACGUACGAUUCGGCUUGAACAAGGACCUAGGCUUCUCAGAAAGAGACCGGAACGAGAACAUCAGACGGAUAGCAGAGGUCGCCAAGCUCUUCGCCGACUCCUCCACCAUCGCCCUAACCUCCUUCAUCUCGCCCUACCGAAAAGACCGCCAGACAGCGCGCGAGCUGCACGCCACGCCCUCGCCCGCCCAUCCCGACGACGAGCCCCUCCCCUUCAUCGAGGUCUUCGUCGACAUUCCCGUCGAAGAGGCCGAGAAGCGAGAUCCAAAGGGCCUGUACAAGAAGGCACGGGAGGGCAAGAUCCCCGAGUUCACGGGCAUCAGCGCGCCGUAUGAGGAGCCGGAGAAUGCGGAGAUCAGGAUAGAGACCGUCAAGACGAGCGUGGAGGACGCGGUCAAGCAGAUCGUGACGUAUCUGGAAGAACGGGGAUUGUUGAAAUUGGAGAGCUGA